GACUAGAGGAGAAGAGCCUGAGAAGGGAAACCACACUGGUCAGGGUGCCAGUAACUUACUUGUUUUAGUGACAGGUUCUUUUGUAUUUCUUUUGGUCUUUCACUCAUGAAGGAGGGCAUGGUCAUGUUGUUCCUAUGCUCUUGACAGUUCACAUGCUCUGCUCCUGGGGACUUCCUGUUUUGGAAUAUCACCUCUAACUUCAUCUAUCCAAUAUCAGGGACGUUCGGCUCCCUAACAGUGACAAUGACCUGCUUUGCAGAUAACAUCGUCCAGUCCAUUUUCUGCUGCUGCUGUUGCUGCGCAGUGCAGAAGAGACAAGUGAGAACACAAAUCAGCCUGAACAAAGAUGAAGAACUUUCAGAAAAAUACACUCGGUCUCACAGAUGGUGGUGUGGUGGACUAAGUAAGAAGCAAUGCAAUAGGGACUGUGUGCAACCAUCCAAACGCAAGCCUCUGCCUCCCCUCCCGCCCUCCGAGCUGGCCAAGGAGAAGAUCUGGGUCAAGGCACUUUAUGAUUUUUUGCCCCAAGAACCCUGUAAUUUGGCACUGAAGAGAGCAGAGGAAUACCUGAUAUUAGAGAAGUAUGAUCCUCACUGGUGGAAGGCCAGAGACCGUUGGGGGAAUGAAGGUUUAAUCCCAAGUAACUACGUGACUGAAAACAAACUCACCAAUUUAGAAAUAUUUGAGUGGUACCAUAGAAACAUUACCCGAAAUCAGGCAGAACAUCUGUUGAGACGACAGGCUAAAGAAGGUGCAUUUAUUGUCAGAGAUUCAAGACAUUUGGGAUCCUACACAAUUUCUGUGUUUGUAAAAGCUAGAAGAAAUACUGAGGCUACAAUAAAACAUUAUCAGAUUAAAAGGAAUGAUGCAGGGCAAUGGUAUGUGGCAGAAAGACACUUAUUUCCAUCGGUCCUGGAGUUGAUCAGGUACCAUCAGCUCAACGCAGCUGGUCUUAUGUCUCGUCUCCGCUAUCCAGUUGGGCUGAUGGGCAGCUGUUUACCAGCCACAGCUGGUUUUAGCUAUGAAAAAUGGGAGAUAGAUCCAUCGGAAUUGUCUUUUGUCAAGGAGAUUGGAAGUGGUCAGUUUGGGGUAGUCCACUUGGGGGAAUGGCGGGCACAUGUCCAGGUAGCUAUCAAGGCCAUCAAUGAAGGCGCCAUGUCUGAAGAAGACUUUAUCGAAGAGGCUAAAGUGAUGAUGAAACUUUCCCAUUCAAGGCUAGUUCAGCUUUAUGGGGUGUGUAUCCAGCAGAAACCCCUUUAUAUUGUGACCGAGUUUAUGGAAAAUGGCUGCCUGCUGAACUAUCUCAAGGAGAGAAAAGGAAAGCUGAGCAGGGACACGUUGCUGAGUAUGUGCCAGGAUAUAUGUGAAGGAAUGGAGUAUCUGGAGAGUAGUUGCUAUAUUCACAGAGAUUUAGCAGCGAGGAAUUGUUUGGUCAGUUCUACCUGUGUAGUAAAGAUUUCGGACUUUGGAAUGACCAGGUAUGUUUUGGAUGAUGAAUAUAUUAGUUCUUCUGGAGCCAAGUUCCCAAUCAAGUGGUCUCCUCCUGAAGUCUUUCAUUUCAACAAAUACAGCAGUAAAUCAGAUGUCUGGUCAUUUGGAGUUUUAAUGUGGGAAGUUUUUACAGAAGGAAAAAUGCCUUUUGAAAAUAAGUCAAAUUUGCAAGUGGUAGAAGCAAUUUCUUCAGGUUUUCGGCUGUAUCGUCCUUACUUGGCGCCCAUGUCCAUAUACAAAGUUAUGUAUAGCUGCUGGCAUGAGAACCCUAAAGGCCGUCCGGCGUUCGCUGAGCUGCUGCAGGUUCUCGCAGAGAUUGCAGAAACCUGGUGACUUGGAAUGG